GUCACGCCAGCAGCAGUAGACCCGCUGUGGUCAACUAGUUAACUUCGCUCUUAUAAUUUUCAGUCAACGGAUUUUGCUUCACUUCGUUUUUCUCUCCAGAGCCAGUCUGUGAUGGACAUACUGUAGCUCAGUAACACGUGGCGCUCCUCAGCACCAGCUAGAAACCAGCAGAGGUCCAACGUGAGGGACUGGUCUCCGGAAGACUGACCCUGGUCCGUGGGCCAUGACAGAUCCCAUCAUGGACUUCUUUGACGACCCCAACCUGUUUGUGGGAGGGCUGGACGGGUUGGCUGAGGAGGGCUUCUCCCCUGGACCCUCGCUGGUGGAUGAGCUCAACCUCAGCGCAGGCUUUGAGCCCCUACAGGUGGAGCCGAUAGGGGCAGGGAAACACCCCGGGAUGAUACCCACCUCCAUGCCCUCCUCCACCCAACAGAGCAUGGCUUAUGGGCAGCAGAUGGGGCAUUUUCCGGGCAUGAAGGCCCAGAACUCCAUGGGACAGCCCUUCGCUGGCUCUGAGGGUGUGGGUGGUGGAGGGAUGAUAGCAGCACAGCAUACCCAGUUCCAUGGACGCUCAAUUGGUCAGGCACCCCAAUCCAACGCGUUGUUUUCCAACAGCAGCCCCAUGUGGGGCAACCAGGACCAGAACGGGAACCUCUACCACUCAGUGCCCCAGCAACAGCAACAACUACAUCAACAACAGCAGCAGCAACUCCACAACCAACAGCAUCACCUCCGACAGCAACAGCCACAGCAGCAGCAUCACCCUUGUCAACAACAACUUCAGCAACAACAAGUGCAGCAGUUACAGCAGCAACACCAGCUUCUGAACCAGCGGCAGCAGCAGCACCUUCGUCAACAGGUAGUGAACCCUCAGUCUCUGCCCCAGCAGCACCACAGCUUCCCCUUCCACCAGGCCAACCAACAGCCAGCAUCACACAACCAGCAGCGUACCACCGGGGGGACCCAGUUCCACUCCAGGGCUGUGCCUAACUCAGGGGCUCUGGCCACAGCUAAUGUGGAAACCCCCAAUGCCUCGCUGGCUGGAAAUUCACCACAGCAGGGUGGCUACCAGCUGGUGCAGGGGGCCUUUCCUGGGGUAGGGCCAGAGGACUCUAGCAUGUCCUUCUCCAUGCAGACCUGCUCCCCCAUGGCUCACACCCUGUCCUCCUGCUCAGUGAGCUCCACCACCACCUACCCUCCCUCCCAGUACUCCUUCCCUGGCCAGGGACAGCCUGGCAUCUCCAGCCUGAGCCAGCCUCUCUCUUUAGCCCCAGUGUCCAUGAUCCCCACCACCACUCCCCUGCCCUCCUCAGUGCCUGAACUCUCUCUCGUGGGAGCUGGAUGUGCGUUUUCGUCUGCUCCAGGGAUGACUCAGCAUCAUCAGCCCAAACAGGUCCCAGUCAGCCAGGCUGAGGACGAAUGUCCCUUCCGGGCUCUGCGCUGCUCCAGGCAGACCUUAGGGAACUACGACUCAUCUGAGAUGUUUGGCCAGGCCAUGAGCUGCUACCCCAGUGCAGUCAGCCAGCUCGUUCCAGACCAGCACCAGCCCCAGAACUGUGGAUCUAACUUGGAAGUUACCAGACCUCCGGCCAGCACCACUACCACUAACGGCUACGUGUCUCUAGAGGUUAGCCUGGCAGGGCUGCAAGGGGAGGUGGAGGCCCAAGGAGGGGGCUUUGAAGGCUUGGAGGCUCCGGACCUGCUGGCUGAUGAGCUGCUGCCUCAGCUGGAGGCUGCCCUUAGUCAGCACGACCACCACGACUCCAACUGUUCGUGGACCAAUGGUGAGGAUGGAGAAAGGAAUGGAAAGGGAGAGGAAGAAGAAGAGAUGAAGGAGGAAGAAAGGAUCUCCAUAUCCAUGGACUACAAGAUACAGCCUCCCAAGAACAAGAAUGCUAAUGGUCCCAACAGCCACACAGCAGCGCGGGUCCUCAGCCCCCCGAUGAAGAGCAGCUCAUCCUCCUCGUCUUCGUCCUCCUACAGCUCGUCGUUGGAGAAGCGGGCCCAGCGGAGGCUGGUGAAGGAGCAGAGGGAGCAGCAGCAGCAGCAACUGAUGGAGGAGGCUGGGGAGGACAAGCAGCAGAAGGCUAACAGGAUCAUCCAUGAGGCCAUUGCUAAGGCCCGGGAGAGAGGAGAGAAGAACAUCCCCAGGGUUAUGAGUCCAGAGAGCUUCCCCUCUGGGAGCUCCUCGGCCCACAGGAGAGAGAGGGAGAGGGACAGAGACAGAGAUAGGGAGAGGGACCGUGGCAACAAGACCAGGACCAAGGCCUCCAAGAAGGCCCGCAUUGUGCCCUCGUCCAAGCCCAAACAGAAGGCCAAGAUCGGGAAAAUCGUCAUUAAAUUUGGAGGGAUGAAGAAGAAGAGGGAGACAGAGUCUUCAGAGGAGGAGUCUGAUGAAGAACGUCCGCCUCGAAGAUCCUUUAAAGACGAUGACUCGACGCGUCGGUCGAACCGCCAGGUGAAGAGGAAGAAGUAUGCAGAGGAGGGAGAGGCCAGGGUGUCUGAUGAGGAGGUGAAGGUCAUGGUUAAAACCAAGAAGACCAGCACUGCUGCAGCACGCAAAGAGCCAGCACAGCAGCUGUUUGUGGAAAACCCCAGUGAGGAGGAUGCUGCGGUUGUUGACAAGAUCAUGUCAUCUCGAAUAGUCAAGAACGAGGUCGCUCCAGGAGUUAUCGUAGAAGUGGAGGAGUUCUUUGUAAAAUACAAAAACUACUCCUACCUCCACUGUGAGUGGGCCGUAGAGCAGCAGCUGGAGAAAGACAAGAGGAUUCAGCAGAAGAUCAAACGUUUCAAGAUUAAACAGGCACAGAGAGCCCACUUCUUUGCAGAUAUGGAGGAGGAUCCCUUUAACCCUGACUAUGUGGAGGUAGACAGAGUACUCGAGGUAUCCUAUUGUGAAGACAAGGACACAGGAGAGCAGGUGGUGUACUACCUGGUGAAGUGGUGCUCUCUGCCCUAUGAAGACAGUACAUGGGAACUGAAGGGGGAUGUGGACCAGAGUAAAAUAGAGGAGUUUGAGCUGCUGCAGGCAGCAAGGCCAGACUCCCGCAGGAUGGAGCGUCCCCCAGCCAGCCUGUGGAAGAAGAGGGAUGAGUCGAGGGAGUACAGGAACAGUAACGUCCUCAGGGACUACCAGCUGGAGGGAGUCAACUGGCUCCUCUUCAACUGGUACAACAGACGGAACUGUAUACUGGCAGAUGAGAUGGGUCUGGGGAAGACCAUCCAGUCCAUCACGUUUCUGGAGGAGAUCUGGCGUGUGGGCAUCAGGGGCCCCUUCCUCAUCAUCGCCCCCCUCUCCACCAUCGCCAACUGGGAGAGGGAGUUCAGAACGUGGACCCACCUCAACGUCAUUGUCUACCACGGCUCCAUGGUCAGCAGGCAGAUGCUGCAGCAGUACGAGAUGUACUCCAGAGACACACAGGGUCGUGUGGUGCGGGGAGCCUACAAGUUCCACGCCCUCAUCACCACCUUUGAGAUGAUCCUGGGCGGCUGUCCAGAGCUCAACGCCAUCGAGUGGCGCUGCGUCAUCAUCGACGAGGCCCAUCGCCUCAAGAACAAGAACUGCAAGCUGCUAGAGGGCUUCAAGCUCAUGAAUCUGGAACACAAAGCUCUCCUGACAGGGACCCCCCUCCAGAACACAGUAGAGGAGCUGUUCAGUCUGCUGCACUUCCUGGAGCCUCAAAGCUUCCCCUCAGAGAAUACCUUCAUGCUGGAGUUUGGAGACCUCAAGACUGAGGAGCAGGUCCAGAAGUUGCAGGCCAUCCUGAAGCCCAUGAUGCUGCGUCGUCUCAAGGAGGACGUGGAGAAGAAGCUGGCUCCUAAGGAGGAAACCAUCAUUGAGGUGGAGCUGACCAACAUCCAGAAGAAGUACUACAGAGCCAUCCUAGAGAAGAACUUCUCCUUCCUGUCUAAAGGAGUCGGCCAGGCCAACGUCCCCAACCUGGUCAACACCAUGAUGGAGCUGAGGAAGUGUUGCAACCACCCCUACCUCAUCAAAGGUGCUGAGGAGAAGAUCUUGGAGGACUUCCGAGAGGUGUACAGCCCUGUUGCCUUUGAUUUCCACCUGCAGGCUAUGGUGCAGUCGGCUGGUAAACUGGUCCUCAUAGACAAGCUGCUGCCCAAGAUGAAGGCCGGGGGACACAAGGUCCUCAUCUUCUCCCAGAUGGUCCGCUGUCUGGAUAUCCUGGAGGACUACCUCAUCCAGAGAAGGUACCUGUAUGAGCGUAUCGAUGGCAGAGUGAGAGGUAACCUGCGUCAGGCAGCUAUAGACCGUUUCAGCAAACCAGACUCGGACCGCUUUGUGUUCCUGCUGUGUACCCGGGCUGGAGGUCUGGGCAUCAACUUGACUGCUGCUGACACCUGUAUUAUCUUUGACUCAGACUGGAACCCACAGAACGACCUGCAGGCCCAGGCUCGCUGCCAUAGGAUUGGUCAGAACAAGGCGGUGAAGGUGUACCGUCUGAUCACCAGGAACUCUUACGAGCGGGAGAUGUUUGACCGGGCCAGCCUCAAACUGGGCCUAGACAAGGCUGUGCUGCAGAGCAUGAGUGGCAGGGAGAACAGCUUGCCAGGUGGAGGGCCGACCCAGCAGCAGCUGUCUAAGAAGGAGAUUGAGGACCUGCUGAGGAAAGGGGCGUAUGGAGCUCUGAUGGACGAUGAGGAUGAGGGGGCCAAGUUCUGUGAGGAGGACAUCGACCAGAUCCUUCAACGCAGGACCAAGACCAUCACCAUCGAGUCUGAGGGACGGGGAUCUACCUUUGCCAAGGCCAGUUUUGUGGCAUCCGGAAACCGCACAGACAUUUCUCUGGAUGACCCCAACUUCUGGGACAAGUGGGCCAAGAAGGCUGAGAUUGACAUGGACACUGCCAAUGGCAGAAACAGCCUGGUAAUUGACACUCCGAGGGUGAGGAAGCAGACCCGACCCUUCAGUGCCACUAAGGACGAGCUGGCAGAGCUGUCAGAGGGGGAGAGUGACAACGAGGACAAGCCCAAGCUCCGCCGGCCCCACGACCGCCUCAACAGCUACGGCAGGACAGAGUGCUUCAGAGUGGAGAAGAACCUACUAGUAUACGGGUGGGGUCGUUGGAAGGAUAUCCUGCUCCAUGGUCGUUUUAAGAAGCAGCUGACAGAGCGUGAUGUAGAGUCUAUCUGCAGAGCCCUUCUGGCCUACUGUCUGGUUCACUACCGCGGUGACGACAAGAUCAAGAGCUUCAUGUGGGACCUGAUCGCCCCCUCCGAGGACGGACAGACCAAGGAACUACAGAACCACCUGGGUCUGUCGACCCCGGUCCCCAGAGGCAGGAAGGGGAAGAAGAUGAAGACUCAAUCCAGCACAUUUGACAUCCAGAAGGCUGAGUGGAUCAGGAAGCACAACCCAGAACAUAUGCUGCAGGACGAGGGAUACAAGAAGCACCUCAAACACCACUGCAACAAGGUGUUGCUGCGGGUUAGAAUGCUCUACUACCUGAAACAAGAGGUGAUGGGAAGCCAGUCACAGAAGAUACUGGACGGCGUGGACUCCAGUGAGAUCAAGAUCUGGGUUCCUGAGCCCGACAGCUCUGAGCUACCAGCCCUGUGGUGGGACAACAUCUCUGACAAGUGUCUGCUGUUGGGGGUCUACAAGCACGGUUAUGAGAAGUAUAACACAGUGCGUGCAGACCCUGCCCUCUGCUUCCUAGAGCGGGUGGGCCGGCCAGACGAGAAGGCCAUCGCUGCUGAACAGAGAGCCAAUGACUUCAUGGAUGGGGACGUAGAUGACCCAGAAUACAAGCCUGCCCCAGCCUUGCUGAAGGACGAUAUGGAGGAUGACGCCUCCUCUCCUGGAGACCUGGUUGUCACAGACAACCCUGGAGAGGGUGCUCCAGUGAUGAUGGAGGGGUUAGGUGGUGGAGGAGGAGGAGACGCAGCCUACUGGCCCUCCUCCUCAGUGCUAACAGCCAGACUGAGACGUCUGAUCACAGCCUCUCAGCGCUACACCAAGUCCAGACAGAUCCUCCACAUCCACCAGACCCAGCACACCACCCAGGUCACGCCCUCACUGUGUCCCCUGCCACCCACCCUCAACGACACUAUCAACCCCAAGAUGGCCGCCAAGAUAGAACGCCAGCAGAGAUGGACGAGGCGAGAGGAAGCUGAUUUUUACCGUGUGGUGUCUACCUUUGGUGUGGUGUUUGACCCAGACCUGGGCCGUUUCGACUGGACCAAGUUCAGAGCCAUGGCUCGGCUGCACAAAAAGACAGACGAGAGUCUGCAGAAGUACCUGUGGGCCUUCACUGCCAUGUGCAGGAGAGUGUGUCGCCUGCCACCAAGAGAAGGAGACACAGCGGUGGACCCCUCUCUGUCCAUUCAGCCCAUCACAGAGGAGCGUGCAUCUCGUACCCUCUACAGAGUAGAGCUGCUACGCCAGGUCAGGGAACAGGUCCUGCGCCACCCCUUGCUCUAUGAGCGCCUGCCCCUGUGCCAGCUGGGCUCGGACCUGCCCGUGUGGUGGGAGACCGGUACCCACGACCGAGACCUCCUAAUCGGGGCCACCAAGCACGGCGUCAGCCGCACAGACUACCACAUCCUCCGAGACCCAGAGCUCUGCUUCAUGGCUGCUCAGCGCAACUACAGCCAGAAUAAAGGAGUCCAACAGUCAUCCCAGACCCCUACUCCGCUCCUGAACCCCCAGUACCAGGCUAGUAGAGACCCAGCCUUGGCAGAGUCCCCAGUGCCAACCCCAGCCCAGAUGGAGAGGGAGAGGGAGGACAUCCCGGGGGCAGUGCCCAAAGAAGAACCUCUCUCGGAGGGGGAGGAGCGCAUGGAGAGAGGGGGUCAGGUGGAGGGGGAGAGGUGGAGUCCCCAGCCUGCCCCUCUCACCCCUACAGGGAUAGAGGAGAAGCCUGAUCUAGGGGUGGUGAAAGGAGAGAACGAGAGCCACAUGGUGGCGGCACGGACCAAGCCACUCACACCCAACUCAGCCGCCAGGAAAGAGAAGAAAGCUAAUAAAAGAAGUCGAAGAGAGGCCAGACGAGCCGCCUCCGCAGCAUCAGACUCCGACUCGGACGGCUCCUCCUCCAGCUCUUCAUCACGAUCUUCUUCAUCAUCGUCAUCGUCGUCCUCUUCCUCCUCACGCUCCGGAUCCAGCUCCUCUUCGUCUUCAUCCUGCUCAUCAGGCUCCUCAUCUUCCUCUUCCUCAUCUUCAUCUUCCUCUGUUGGCAGUGAGAGUGAGGGAGAGGAAGGAAAGACCAAGGUCCCGACAGUGGCCAUCGCGAAGGGAUUUGACGAAGACAGUGUGGCGUCUCUCAGCACCACUCAGGAUGAGAUGCAGGACAGUCACGUGACAGAGAACGGUAGCAACAACUCACACCACCACCCCUUCCAGGGAGGAUACAUGCUGGCUGCAUCCUACUGGCCCAAGGACCGUGUGAUGAUCAACCGUCUGGACAGUAUCUGCCAAGCAGUGCUGAAGGGGAAGUGGCCGGGGGCCCGGCGGUCGUACGAGGCAGGAGGGGCCGUAGCCUCCUUCUACACCACCAAGUUGCUGGACAAUGCAGCUGCUGCCAACAACAGCAGCAACCUCUGCUCAGCUUCCGCCUCGGCCUCAGAGGACCCCUCUGCCUCCCCUCAGGGUUCAAAGGUGAAGAAGCAUGUUGCAGGAGAAAAGGAGUUCUCAGUGAAAAUGAAUGAACAGGAGGGGGGUCUGAAGCUGACCUUCCAGAAGCAGGGGCCCGGCCAGCCCCUGAAGAGGCCCCUGGAGCCUGAGGAGGGGCCCCUGAGCCAGCAGCAGUACCUUACAAGGCUCCAUGAGCUCCAGAGUGCCUCAGACACCAGUCUGGCUGACUUCACCAAGCCCCAGGCUGCCAGCUUCCCACAGGCAUCUACAGGUCUGGCAGGUCAGAUGAAGCUGAACGGAGGUAUGGAUGGCCAGCCGGUGGUGAAGAGGAGGAGAGGAAGAAGGAAGAAUGUGGAGGGGAUGGACCUGCUCUUUAUGAACAGGAAAAGAGGACCAACCGUGCCUGAAAGCAUGCCCCCGGCGUGGGGUGGUAUGAGUCAGGCUGGCACUGGGCUGUCUAUUGCCUCAGGGCAGGGUAACCCCCUAGGGGCCCAGGGCCCUAUGGACACAGAGAGCAGGGUCUCUGUCAUCAACCUGAAAGAUGGGACCCGUCUGGCCGGAGACGAUGCCCCCAGGAGGAGGGAGCUGGAGCUGUGGCUCAAAGAACACCCAGGCUUUGUGGCUGACACAGGGGCCUUCAUCCCUGGAGUGAAUAAGAGGCAGCUGGAGCAGUUCCAGCAGGAUGGUAGACCCAAGCAGAAGAGGCAUCGCUGCAGGAAUCCCAACAAGAUCGAUGUCAACAGUCUGACAGGAGAGGAGAGGGUCCAGAUCAUCAACAGGAGAAAUGCACGCAAGGUUGGUGGGGCCUUCGCCCCCCCUCUAAAGGACCUGUGUCGGUUCCUUCAGGAGAACCCAGAGUACGGGGUUCCACCAGAGUGGGCCGACGUCGUCAAGCAGUCGGGCUACCUCCCAGAGAGCAUGUUUGACCGGAUCCUGACAGGACCCAUCGUACCAGAGGAGGUGAGUCGGCGUGGACGGAGGCCCAAGAGCGCCCUGGCCAAGGCUGCAGCUACAGCCAACCAGGGGGCCCCAUCCCUGGGCCUCAACCCCCUGCUGGCCAACGGCCUCCUCUCUGGCAUGGAUCUAUCUAGUCUACAGGCCUUCCAGCAGAACCUCCAAAGUCUCCAGUCACUGCAGCUCACUGCCGGCCUCAUGGGCCUGCCCACCGAUGCUAACAACCUGGCCGCCAUGUUUCCCAUGAUGCUCUCUGGCAUGGCUGGGCUUCCCAACCUCCUGAGCAUGGGGGGUCUGCUGGGGAAGCCCUCACAGGACGCAACAGGGGGAGCUGAGCAGAGGAAGAGGAAGAAGGGAAGCAGAGAAGGAGGAGGAGGGGAGCCCUCGUCUGCCUCCUCCAAAGCCCCCUCCUCCCACUCCCACGGCCCCUCCCACACCUCGGACACCAAAGGUGAAAGGACAGAAGGUCAAAGCAGGGAUGGAGAUGGCCGCAUCCCCAGUGUCCAUUCCCCCUCCAGUUCCUCUGCCACCACCUCCAUCACCACCCCACUAAGUGCUUCUGCUGCCCAGGCAGCCUCCAGUCACCCUCUGUCUCUUAACCCCUUGUUACUCUCCAGUAUGCUUUACCCAGGGAUGCUUCUCACUCCAGGCCUUAACCUUCCUGUGUCCACCACACAGCCACCACACAGUGACUCAAACAGUGACCACAAGCCCACUAAGACCUCUAAGACCGCCCCCUCAAAACCUCUGUCGCCAAGGAGAACACCAGAGUGUCAGGAAGAGGAGGGUCUUGGUGACAAGAGGGAGGAGUCAGGGGAACACAAGGAGGAGAACAGUGGUCCAGAAGGCUCGGGGAAGGCGGAGUCAUCUUCUUCAUCAGAGUCUGGGAGCUCUUCUUCAUCAUCUGAUGGGUCAUCAGACUCCAGCGAUGAAGACUGAGCCUAAUGAAAAUAUAAAUCUAUUUAUGGAUCUAUUAGAAAUGUACACACAUACAGUACCAGUCAAAAGUUUGGACACACCUACUCAUUCAAGGGUUUUUCUUUAUUUUGACUAUUUUCUGCAUUGUAGAAUAAUAGUGAAGACAUCAAAACUAUGAAAUAACACAUAUGGAAUCAUGUCGUAAACAAACAAUUGUUCAACAUAUUAAAAUAUAUUUUAUAUUCUUCAAAGUAGCCACACUUUGACUUGAUGACAGCUUUGCACACUCUUGGCAUUCUCUCAACCAACUUCUCCUGGAAUGCUUUUCCAAUGGUCUUGAAGGAGUUCCCACAUAUGCUGAUCACUUGUUGGCUGCUCUUCCUUCACUCUGCAGUCCAACUCAUCCCAAACCAUAUCAAUUGGGUUGAGGUGGGGUGAUUGUGGAGGCCAGGUCAUCGGCCAGGUCAUCUGAUGCAGCAUUCCGUGACUCUCCUUGGUCAAAUAGGCCUUACACAGCCAGGAGGUGUAUUUUGGGUCAUGGUCCUAAUAGGUCUACCAAAUGCAAACCAGAUGGGAUAGCGUAUCGCUGCAGAAUGCUGUCGUAGCCAUGCUGGUUAAGUGUGCCUUGAAUUCUAUAUAAAUCACAAACAGUGUCACCAUCAAAGCACCCCCAUACCAUCACAUCUCCUCCUCCAUGCUUCACUGUGGGAACCACACAUGUAGAGAUUAUCCGUUCACCUACUCUGCGUCUCACAAAGACACGGCGGUUAGAACCAAAAAUCUUACAUUUGGACUCAUUUUUUUUCAGCAAUUCGACCAUUAAGGCCUGAUGCAGUCUCCUCUGAACAGUUGAUGUUGAGAUGUGUCUGAAUGAAGCAUUCAUUUGGGCUCUAAUCUGAGGUGCAGUUAACUCUAAUGGACGUGUCUUCUGCAGCUGAGGUAACUCUGUUUCUUCUAUUCCUGUGGCGGUCCUCAUGAGAGUUAGCUUCAUCAUAGCGCUUGAUGGUUUUUGCGACUGCACUUAAAAAAACUUUCAAAGUUCUUGAAAAUUUCCGGAUUGACUGACCUUCAUAUAUUUUGAUUUGUUUAACAAUUUUUUGGGUUACCACAUGAUUCCAUAUGUGUUAUUUCAUAGUUUUGAUGUCUUCACUAUUAUUCUGCAAUGUAGAAAAUAGUUAAAAUAAAGAAAAACCCUGAAAUGAAUAGGUGUGUCCAAACUUUUGACUGGUACUGUAUAUAUUACAUAUAUAUAUGGAUUUCCCUGCACUUACAUUGUGAUUUCUUUUCAUGUAAAUACAGAAAACAAACUAAAAUGUUGUGUAAUAAAGAUUACAAAAGUGAGACAAGAAGAACCAUGACCUAGGAGAAACUGAAAUGAACUUUCAGUGUUUGUUCAAAAAGGUACAAUCUCAUUUUGAGAGACAUUUUGCAUGUCAAACUUUAGUAGAUUUCUGAACUUGUAUUAGGCCUACACACAUUGAUGUACAAUUGCAACAAUAUGGGAAAAAGAAAUCAAAAUGGCAUUAUUGUAAUUAUCAUGUUGGGAUUUAAUUUUAUUAAAAAAGAGGAAAUAAAUAUGCGCUCUCUGCUGAGCUCUACUGUUAAUAUAUUUUGUAGUGGGAGGAAAAGACCUUUAAUAUUUAGCCUUCCUCUGUAAAUACUUUUACAGGUUUUUUUCUUGAUACUUACAGUAUACUUUGCGGAUCAUACGUUUGGAAAAGUCAGCAAUAACUCGGGCAGCUAAUGAAUGUGACUGAUGCUGUAGAUCCUUCAUCAGCCAUGCUUCUCACACAAGGGAGAGGUGUUCAGUCUCUGUUCCAAUGUCCACACUAACACAGUUAUUCAAAUGAAGAAAUGUAUUGGACAUUCAUUCUAAGUAGUAUGCUAGUGUACAUUUUGGAAUGUAGUCUCCCCUGCCUGUCUCGCACAACCAACACACAUGGUUCUUUUGACACCGAGGUGCACUUUAGUUUCCCAUAUUACACUCGCUAGCACAUAACCAGUUGGGUCUACUCCCCAAAUGCUGCUCUCGCUGGGACAGAAAAGACACAAUUCCACCCCAGUGUUUUUGACUGCAUCGUUAUUUCAGCAGAGUAUAGAAGAGAUUGAGUUCACUGCAAAUACAUCCUGUUGUGUGUGUAUUGGCAAGGCUGGCUCACUCGUCCCCGCUGGGAUCUGUGUUCUUCAUGGCAUACUCUUGAGAGCUUCCACUCGCUUAGUCUCUUCCAGUGCCUUGAGUCUGCGAGACUACCACUCACUGUGUUCUGGCUGUGUGUGUUUGUUUGCGUGGGCAUUUCUUUCCGUUUUGGCUGAGUCAGUGUGUUCUUCAGGCCAUGUACUGAUUGUGUCCCAUGCGUGCAGCAUCAAUCGGGCCAUUGUGUAUUGGUAAGGCUUGAGAUUUGGGUUCUACAACCAAAAGUGAAGUCACAUAAACAGUGACUGCUGGUAUAGUCGACAUAGUAUACUCAACACCCCCUGAGUCAUCUUUAAUACUUUAAAAGCCCAUCAGUAUCUGUGUUCCACUCGUAGUGCCGCCUUCUGCUAUCGAAUGAGCUGAAGAAUCUCCAAUGAGCUCUGACUGUGGGUGAUGUCUGUAGUCUUCCAUUCUGAACACAGUGUGUCCCUGUUGUGUUGAAUUACCUUGCUAUCAUAAACUAGUAAUGAAGUAGCUACACCGUAUGUGUAUUGAGGGACCAGAGGGGUUUGUAUUGUCUCUGAUAUAACUAGAUUACUGAGUCAUCAAAAUUAUUUUCAUAAUUGACUGUUUAAAAGCAUAGUUUAUACAAUGAUUGCAGUGAUUUUGAAUAGUAUUGGGUUGGCUAUGGUAGGUUAAGUUUAGGCUUGAGUAAGACUGAAUAUCCAGACCUUCCUUUAGAACUGAGCUGCUUUGCUGACUGAUCUCUCUGAUUCAUGGGAAUUGGAGGCUUUUAAGUGUUAAUUUCUAGCCUGGAAUCCAAACUGAUAUGCUGUUUCAUCACUAAACACAUUGUUCAGUCUGAUUUCACCAGGCUAGUUCAUUUCUCCAUAUGUCUUACUGAUCAAUCCACUGAUGACUGGAUCUGCAGACAGACUGAUAGAUGUAGAAGUGUCCUUACGCUCGCUGUACCUCUGUGUAUUUCACACCCUCACUUUCUCACUCAACUUCCAGUCAGUAUCUGAUGUGAUUUAACAGAUAGAUGUUUUAUGUUCCUUAUUUUCUACGGCUCAAUGGUGGUGUAUUUUUUCAUUACCAUAUGACAUGGCUCAUCUGUGCUCAUCCUCGUGGUAACCAAGGGAGACACUGACACUGGAAUUCAGUAUACCCUAAGUACCUGUUGUAAUUAUGUUUAGUGGAACAGUGCUUUCCGGAUUGAUACAGCACCGUGUAGGAGAACUGUCGGUACACGUUGGACUGCUAGGCAGGCACACAUUUGGAAAUGAUCUUGAAGAUGAAUGAGACGUUUUAUUUUACAUGGUGACAAUGAAACGUCACAACAGGUUACAUCUGUGGUAGAGACAUUCAUUUAGUCUCUUUCAGCCUUCAUUUAGCUGUUCACUGAGCCUAUAUUGAACCCAUUCAUCAACGUAUACAAGCCCACCAGACAGACAGUCCUGCCCUGUUGUCUAAACCAAGACUGAUGAAGAACCUCCACUCACUGAAAUAACAUUUACUUUAAAGAUGUUUUGUUUACCCCAUUCACUUAUGAUGCCCUUUACCAUGGUUUCUGUGUGUAAACUCAGAGACAGCCAGGUUGUUACUCUUCCUGAAAGUCAACCUAAAUAGAUUUAACAUUGUCAGUUUGCCACUUUAGUUUGGGCUGGUUCCGACCACUAGGUCUCACAAGCCUAGUGAAUUCAAUAGAACAACCUUCAUACCUAGUCUAUCCCUAAAUGUACCAGUGCCCUUCGGCAGAAGCCCAGCCUUUGCUGCUCCAGGUUAUAAUAUUCACCCAAAUAUGAUUGUUUUAGCAGGCUUUAUUUUCAGACCCAACAGGCAGACAACAGGCAUGCAUUCAUUCCUACUAGUGUGACAAGAAGCCUGCUUAAUUUGCUAUAGACAGACCCAUAGCUCUGUUUAAGUUGAAAUGUUAGUACUGAGGGGAGAGCUGGAUUUGACUAAAGAUGGAACAAUAUAUUUGCUUUUAUGAUGUAUUUUGAUGAGAUAUUUCUGGUAGUUUGUUAUAGGUCUCCCUAUGUCACAUACAUCUACAGUGCUGAACUGACUGAUUAGGUCAGUCAUAGACUCGCCUCACUGGCACAAUGAAAUGACCAAUAUGCAACAGACAGAGACGAAUAAAGCACACACUACUACACGUUAAUUAGAAUUUUCAUUUUCGGUAAAGUAGUUGCUGAAAUUGACAAAUAGAUUAUUGGCAUUGUAUUUUUUGUUUCAAGCUUGAUAAUAUCCUAAAGUCAUCAAGUCUGUUCUUGUUUUUGUUUGGUUGUUUUUUGGACAGUUGCAAUAUUUGCAAGUUGUGGUCUGUGUAGUGGAAUAAUAUGUUGUGUAGUGGGGAGGACAAGUUGUGGUCUGUGUAGUGGAAUAAUACCUUAUGAAGUGGGGAGGACAAGUUGUGGUCUGUGUAGUGGAAUAAUACCUUAUGAAGUGGGGAGGACAAGCAUCUUAAAAAGUCAUGUGUAAUUUAUUGGAUUACUUUCUAUGAAGUUAUAUAGAGGAAAUUGAAGUUUAAUUAUUUUUAUUAAACAUAUUCUGACUAUCCAUGA